AUGUCCAACAGUAGCUACAUCAAUGCACUAGUACGCUCUCUCCACGAUGAGAGCCAGGAGCACAAUGUUGUCACGUUAAGUGGAAGCCAGCCCGAAAUUCGAAGCCCCCAUUCGCAGUCAGAGCCACCAAGUUUGUUCACACCAUCGGCCAACACAUGGGGAGGACAGUUCAACCCUGAUCAUUUCCAGCGCAACGAGUUCGCUAUGAUGUCAGCAAGUCCUGUCAAUGUGGAGAAUGCAGCGUUCGCCGCGAUGACUGCCGCGUCGCAUCACAAAUAUGAAAAAAAUGAAAAAAGGAGCGAUCGCAUCAACGAGAAAUCGUAUUGGGUCAACGGAAGCCACGUGGACAAAACCAUCACCUACAACCAGUAUACCAUCGAUACUGCCGUCCUAGCUCCAACCACAGAGUCUCCGGAAAUCAAGCAAGCGAUCCUACAACAGUCUGUGAACUCCAUCAAGCAGACAAAGACAACAAUGGAACACAAGGUGGAUUUCUUGAUGAAACGCUACACAUCAGUCUGCCCAGACGUUCGCUCGCGAGUCAACGCCGCCACCAGCGAAUUGUUCGACGUGACUAGUGACGUGUACGAAUUCACAAGCCUGCACGUCAUCGACAACAUGGGACAAGCAAUUGCUACAGGACCGGGACCAGGACUUCCAGCACCAUUUAGAGCCGCUGCCACAUACUUCCGAGUCGAGCUCCGAUUGGUCCCACGGCUGUGUUCCCUACGAACUGACAUUGGAAUCGACCCAACAAAGUUCCCACCAUCUUCCAACAGAGCUGUAUACGUUCCAGUGCCAAGAGUCCAGAACCAGAUGGACGUAUCCAUCACUCGCCAAAUGGUAAUGGACCAAGCACAUCACAAGGAAAUCAUCGCAGCAAUGGCAGCACUAGGAGAAGAGUUCUCGAUGAGAGCUGCAACCAGAGACGGAGAGCCCGAUAACGACGUCUACGAAAAGUGGUCCAAGCAACAGAUCGCAAAGACCCAAUUCCAAGCGCUCGAACAAGCACUCAUGGCCACCUACGUCGGACUACAACAAGGAAUGGAGACGCCAAACCAACAACUGGCAAAACUCAACAUGAUCCGAUACGAAGGAGGCACGAUGAUUUAUGACAGCGUGGCUACUUUAUUUGGCAGAAUUGCCACGAUUCUAAAUGGGUUCAGCCACGAGAAUCCCCCGCCAACCAACCUAUCAGACUUGGCAGGAGUAGUGUUCCAAGCCUUCACACAAGAAAUCAAGGACGUUGUGGCUGAACACCUAGAGACAGGAGCAGCAGGACCACUGCUUAUGGACUACCCCAGCAACCUGUCUCGAAUGCACCGCCUACGCGAACGAGCAGAGAAGGAAGAGAAGCGCAUCAAGCAACUCGUGGGAAUUGCAAACAGCGCGGGACUAGUCAGACCAAACAGAAGCUGCGUUCCAGGACCAUCUGCACCAACGAGACCAGGAGGAAGAGCUUUUGCGGGAUUCCACCAACAAGGAUUCCAAGAAUUCCAAGACAACUGCUCCUUCCAAACUCCAAAGAUUGCGACCGACGGAACCUUCCACACCGCAUUGACAACCCCUCCAGCACCAGAGCGAAAUGUUCGAGUCACCGACGGACAAGGAAGACAAUUGUUGGUCCCGACAUCAGACAGUAAACUAUACUGCCCACAAGCUGCCCUAACAAUGCUAGCAUGCAUGAGUGCCGCCGAAGAAGCAUUCAACAUCGAAGAAGAAAGUGACAAAACAUCCUCGAUCCAUUGUUGGGGAUGCCAAAAGAUAGGCCACACAUUCCGAGAAUGCCCCCACAAAGGAGAUCUGGGAGUUAUCAGCCAGUUUGAAAAAAGCCUAGAGGACUACAGACUAAAGAGAGAGCAGAGACGACACAAAAGCGAGAUAACAAGUUACAAGGACAGCGGUUACAUUAAUCACAUAGUUUAUGAAACA